UUAUUGUUGAGCUUAUACGCUGGCUUAGGCUUAGGCUUUGGCUCUCGCUUGUUUCGAUUCGGCCCGUUAGGGUUCGUCGAGGUUUUCCCAUGGAAGAGUCGGCGAAGAGGAAGGCGAACCUUCAGGCUAUGCGCUUGGAGGCCGCUCAGGCCGUCGCCUCCAAUCAAUCGUCCCACUCCUCUUCAUCCUCAACUAGCUUUCUGCCUUCUCCGCCUCCAUCGCUGCUGCGGCUGCCGCCGCCACGGUUCGGCGAUCGUCCGGAACUCCAGACCCCGCCGCCGGCACCCAGGUUCGACUUCUACACCGACCCCAUGUCGGCCUUCUCGGACUCCAAGCGGAUGAGAGGUGCUGAUGCAUCCGGAGGGUUCAGCCCCUUUUCCCCUCGCCGCCCAACCCCGCCGUCUUCGCCAUCUUUCCCUUAUGGAAUAAGGAAUACGUAUGUGGAUAGCAGUUACCCUGCUUAUCAUCAGACACCCCACCCAUCAGAUUCUAGCUCCUACAGAAUGCCAUCACGAGUUCCUCACAAUAGUUCCUGGAGAAGCCCUAUUCAGUUGCAGAGUUCCUUGUCAGGGCAUCAAGGAUCCCCUGUUACUGGCCUAGGUUCCUGGAAUACAUCUGGUGGUUCCUCUGGGCGUGGCUUUCAGGCAAACCCUUCGGGUAGCUUUUUUGGAAGCCCUCAUUUCAGCCCGGGAGGGAGUCAGUUAAGCAAUGCCCAAACUAAUAGUCCGUAUUCCAAUUUCGGAAGAGGCAGGGGUGGACAAUAUAGCGGUGGCUCGGGUUCAAGAUCUAUUGGAGGUAGAGGACAAAGAUUCAAUGGCAGAGUUUCUACACGAGAUGAUAUUGCGAGUUACUUCCGCAAGUCCAUGCUCGAAGACCCAUGGCGCGACAUGGAACCGGUUGUCGGAGACAUAUUGGAGCCAAUGGCUGGCCCAGGAUAUUGGCUUCCAGAAUCAUUAUCCUGGAAGAAGAGCAAAGUGCCGGAAACUGAGAGUAGGUAUAAAUUGGAGUCGAAGUCCAGCCUCGCUGAGUUCCUCGCAGCUUCAUUAGAGGAGGCCAUCAGCGAUAAAGAUUAAACAACACCAUAUAUUGACUUUCUCAAGUUUGUUGUAAUCUUUUUAUGCAUUUAGGAGACAUUCUAGAGGCUGAAUGGUUGCUAGCCUAAUCUCAGUUAUUUAGAAAAGCGUGCUAUGGAUAUAUUUGUUUAGAUAUAAGCCAAAAGGAAUGAGGUUGGUGAAAUGCUCUUUUGACUAUUGUGUAAAUUGUUUCAUUUAUGAUCCAAAUGUGUUGUGAAUGGAUCAAGCAAGCUUUAGAUUUUCUCAGUUUGUAGUGAUUGAGGAUCUGUUUAAAUACAUUUCUUUCUCCAAGCUUCUCUUUA